AUGUCGCAUCAUCCUUUGCAUCUUAUGGUUGCAGGCAUGAAAGGAGAAAAGAAGAAGGAGAAGAGCGUGCCGGUGCUGGCUACUGCAGAGCUGCCUGCCAAAUCCAUUGAUCUGACUGCGAUUAACCUGACUGAACUAGUGAACGGAAUGUUAAAUACAGCUCUCAAAGGUACCAAAAAAUUCUUCUCUUUGCUGAGCAUUACCUCUUACAGCUCGUUUGCCUUCCACAAAGUUUCGGUCGCCGUUUAUAACAUUUCUAACCUGAAAAAUGUUGACCCCAGCAAGUUCCCGAUGCGAUAUUGCUACUGUUUAAACAACCUGACAAAUGACUUAACAGAUUUUACAGCUUUACUUGUAGAUAUUAUUGGAAACUCCACCAGUUACCUCACAGAAAUUUUCAAAUCAACCUCCAUCGUCUCAGUGAGUCAGAGCAAUGAUUCAGAAUGCAUCUAUAUCUGCGUGAUGGCAGGCCAAACAGGCAGAAAUAUGUCUGACUUUUGGGAAAUGAUAGAGAAAUCUCCUGUUAUUAAUUACACAUUUUCCAGUAAUAUGUCUGCGCUCCUGGCUGAAAUGUAUCCCUUCUGGACACAGCCACCUUCUCCUGAAGUAACCAAAGUAUCUAUCCAAACGGAGUCAUAUCUGCCUUCAUUAUUGUUGUCUACCCCUGUGUUCAAGCCUGAAGUGUUACCAAAACUGCAUACAGCUUCCAAGCUACAAGCCAACCUCAGUGGAGACCUCAUUACCAACCCCAACACCACUGUGAACGCUUCCAAGAAGCCCGAGUCAGAGACCCUUUUUGUGAACAGUGAGGAGAAGGAGGAGGUGGGCGAGGAAGAGGAGAAGGAAUAUGGGGGACAGGCGACAUGGGGAUCCAGCUGUGAAGCGACCCAGGACAUGUUUUUCACUCUACCGCCGUCCAGCCAGUCCCAACAGUCGAGCACAGGAUGUCCACAGGCAGCUCUUAAAGAGCCAUCCAUGAAUUCCCCUUCUGUUACCUUUAUGGCUCAAAAGAUCAAUCCUUGCGUGAUGGAGCUGUGUAAAUUUUUCCAGCAGUGCCUUUGUGUCAAUCAAAGAAGAAAUUCAAGAAAAGAAGCCAUGAGGUACUGUAUUGAAUACUAUUCCUGGUUCUUGAAAAAUGCAACUUACAUCUGUGAAAGGGUCAAAAGAAUGGCUUACUCACAAACAUUAAAGCAAAAAUGCCUUACAAACAUCUGUAAAUCUGUCUAA